AUGACGCCAGCUCUCAAGAUCGAGACAAUCGAGCUGCUUCUACAAAGCAAAUACGACGAAACAGAGACUCGCCUUGUACGCGCCCAAGUCCUUCAGCUCCUUAAGUUCUGUCUCAGGACGUACUUCACGUUCGACGGGACAAUCUACGAACAGGUGAAGGGCACACCAAUGGGUUCGCCGAUUUCGGGGUUCAUCGCCGAGGCGGUCCUGCAACGGUUAGAGUCGCUGGUCUUCAAACACCACAGACCGAAGUUCUGGACCCCGUAUGUGAAUGAUACCUUCGUCGUUAUCGACCAGGAUCAACUGCUGACAUUUAAGGAACAUCUGAAUGCGGUCUUCCCGGACAUACAAUUACCGGUGGAGUAA